AUGGACAAGACUGGAUGGAACAUAAAGGUUGUUGAUGUCGUAAGAUGCUAUGAGCGGGGAUCGCUCUACAGUUUUGGGGUACGCAUUCAUGCUUCUAUGAAAAAGUUUAGGCAUCAUUUGAAGGAAGUGUUGCAAUUAGGGAUAUCAUUGUCGCUCCAAACGUAUCAGCAAGUUUUGAAGCACCUUUUAUAUCACGAAAUGCAAGAUGGAAUUGGUAUCCCUGAUGAGCUGAUAUCAAUGAUAGGAAAUAAUAUUGUUCAAGGUAAAGUCAACUCAACUAAAGAAUUUCGUGGUUCGUUUUCAGUUUCGAAAACUUGCGACGAUGAUGAGGAAUCAGAUUUGAAGUCCAAAAUGGUGCGUGCGAGAGCAAAAAGGCAACUUGACUACUUAUGUUAA